AUGACGUCACAGGCCGUGUACUGUCUAAGUCUUCAGAUACGUCCAUCGACCGAGGAGGGCAAUGCAGCGGCAUCGAACGGUGGUGGCAAUGAGCAGCUUCAGCAGCAACUCACCGUCAAGCCGGUGGCGGUGGCGGCCUCGGGCACGGCUACGGUGGUCACCAGCGGCACCACAACGAUGGUUACCUCGGCCAGCGGCGGAGCCGGUACGCUCCUAAGUGGGCUGGAGAAGUCCGGCGUCACCAUCUCGGCCGAAGCGUCCCGCGCGUUGCAGUCGCACGCGAUCCAGAUUGCCCAAUCGCAGGUGGUGACGGCGGGCACGAGCCCUGCCACGGUCACCGUGGCAACCUCGCAGCAGCAUCAGCACCAACAACAGCAGCUCCAUCAUCCCCAGCAACAGCAGCAGCAGCAUAGUAACAUCAUUCUGGUGCGCGGAUCGCGAUCGGAAAACGGACAGAUCAUCCUCCAGAACACGCACGAGCUGCUGAGUCUGCUCAGUGACGAGGACAAACCGAUAUUUCUGCAGCACCAGCGACUGACCACGGCCAGCUCGACGGCGGUGACGGGCAAGGCGCAGCUCACGAAAGCGCUGACAGAGUCGGGAGGUACCACCGCCGGAAGCACGAUCCUGUUUCAGCCAACCAUCAAGAGCACCGCCCUGGAUGGAAGCGGAAGCAGCACGAUUCUGCUGCAGUCUUCCGAUGGGCUGAAGAAAGGUACCACGCUCGACGUGAGCACGGCAUCGGGCGCGGGUGGUGGUGGUGGUCCGAUAUUCCUGCAGCAGCGACUCAGCAAGAAUGGCACGGAAGGACCGAUCCUGCUGCGCACCCUCAAACGCCUCGACAAAUCACAGUCGAUCCUGGUGAUACGAAACGCCACGACGGCCAACACGGUGGCGAAUACGGUAGGUAAUACGACCGGAGGCCUCUCGGUAUCCACAGCCGGUGGAGCAACGCUAGCGAAGGUGAAACCGAUCGCAACACCGACGACAACGGUCGUUACCGUGACGGCGGCUCCGGUUGGUUCCGUGGGCGGUGCGGCGUCAGCGGCAGCGGCGGUGGUGCGGAAGGCAGCGGAAGAAGCCGAGGAGAAGAAGGAGACAACGGUGACGGUGACGAAGGUCCAGCAAAAGACAAGCAAUAUGCCGUUGGGAACAGAUGGCGAACCGAUCAAGCUUCCAGAUAAUUUGGAAAGUUUACCCCGGGCUGACCAUUUUCCUACCCAACGACACCGAUGGAAUACCAAUGAGGAAAUUGCGGCCAUCCUAAUAAGCUUCGAUAAACAUUCCGAGUGGCAGUCGAAGGAAGUAAAGACCAGACCCAAGAGUGGCUCGAUGCUGCUGUACUCGCGUAAAAAGGUGCGCUACCGACGCGACGGCUACUGCUGGAAGAAGCGUAAGGACGGCAAGACGACGCGCGAGGACCACAUGAAGCUGAAGGUGCAGGGUACGGAGUGCAUCUACGGCUGCUACGUGCACUCGGCCAUCCUGCCCACGUUCCACCGGCGCUGCUACUGGCUGCUGCAGAACCCGGACAUCGUGCUCGUCCACUACCUGAACGUGCCGUACCCGGACGACAACAAGAUGGCGGUCAUCACGCCCAACCUGGCGCUCUGGGGCGACAAGAAGGAGUGGACGAAGGAGGAGCUGGUCAGCCAGCUGAAGCCGAUGUUUUUUCCCACAGUUUUCAGCGAGGACGAACCGGACACGGCGAACGAGAUCGAAAUCUCGACGGCCGAAACGGUCGAGGCGAUCGUGAGCCAGCUGAUGGAGAAGCAGCGCAUGGCCCGGCAGACGGCGCUGGUGAAGCAGCUGGAGUGUGGCUGCCCGGACGCGAACUGUGCGGACGGGAAGUCGUGCUCGCACCCGAUGCGCCGGAUCAGCGCGGCCAAGGGUGGGCAGGAGCUGGGCAAGCGGACGGACGGGCACGGGCCCGGUUCGGCCCCGAACGUGCUGAUCGGCUCGAGGAUGUACCCCCGAUGGCUGGACAACCGGCGCAGCCAGCAGCAGCAACAGCAACAGCAGCAGCAACAACAGCAGCAUUCCCAGCACACCAUCCUCGACCCGAACGGUGCCCGCGCCAUCACCCCCAAGACGCUCGACUCAUCGAUACACUUCCAAGUCAUUCCUACCUCCUCGCAGAGUCUCUCCAGUCAGAACGCAAUUAGAGCCGGCAAUCAGAACGCGUCCGCUCUGGCCAUGGCCGCCUCCUUGGCUGGGGGUGGCGCCGGGGCGCAGCUGACGAGUGUCGGUAAUCAUAUUACAAACGGCAAUCAUCUGGCCGGACACAGUCGGUCGGCGAUGAUUAUCACCACCAGUCAGCACCAGCAGCAACAGCAGCAGCAACAUCACCAACAACAGCAACAACAGCACCUGCCCAACGGUCACCCACUUCAUGGCCACCCGCAACCGCACUCCCAGGGCCAGCAGCAACAGCCCCAACACCAUGGGCUCGCGAUGAACGGCAGCAGUAAUUCGUCCAACAGUGGCGCCAGCAACAACAACAACAACAACAACAACAGCAGUAGCAACAACAACACCAACAGCGCCACCAGCAAUCAAUUAACCGCCAUCGGUGGCCACUCCACUCAGGUGUCACCGGCGAACGGCGACCGUGGAUCGGCGGACCGUGGCUCCAGUGGCGCUUCAACCGCUUCCUCACCGUCGGCCGGAGGAAGCGAGGCAAACAUUAAUGAGAACCGUUUGUCACUGAUCGGCCAGAGCCGGCCGAAUGGGUUCGGUGUCAGCAAUGGAGGCGUCGGGCCGGACGGGAAUCACUCCGGUGGUGGUGGAAAUGGAACGUCCAACGGUAACGGACUCAUGGUGAACGGAGGUGGACAGGGGGGCACGGUUCAUCACAAUCGAAUGUCGGUGAACAACGCCGUUAGCAGCGCGUCGGUUGUUACAUCGACGCCACCGUUGGUGCUGAGUUUGGGACAGAAUCUUGGAGCACCGGGCAGCUUACUCAUCCUCAACGGCCAACAACAAUCGUUCGUGUGUCAAUCGCAGCACCAGAAGCCGAACGAGAAAGAGUCCGAUCAGGCGAUCAAAACGGAAAGCGGAUCCUCGACGAAGCAGGAAAUGAUGGACGCUUCGUCCUCACCCGUGCCAUCCCUCUCGCACCAGCACCAGCAGCAGCAACAGCAGACGCGUCAAUCGUCGAGUGGCUCGUCCUCGUCCUCGAACGGAGCCAACGGAGGGUCUACCUCCAGCAAGCAAUCGUUCGAGAGUCUCUUCGGCUAUCAGAACCACACGCCGAUGGCAAGCCCGGUGCAGGGUGGGAUGGAGAACGGUGGAGGCGGUGGAACCGGUGGUUCCGGCCACCACCAUCACGACAAUCUACCAUUCUUCAACGAAACGCUCGACUUAUCGCAGGAGGACAUCCAGAAGACGCUGAGUGCGAAUAUGCCGCUAGGGGGACAUGUAACCGGUCACGAUAGUACGCCCACGGAUGACGCGAUGAACGGCGAGAUCAACCCGAUGGACUUCAUCGAGAACUGUGGCGACAACCAUGGGACGGUCGAUGACGACGUGUUCGUGAACCUGGACGCGUUCGACAUGCUGGUCGAGUUCCCGGAGCUCGAGCUGGACGCAAAGAGUGAGUUCCUGCGGGACGGUAGCGAUGAGGGUACGGACGAGACUGCCGGCGGGGACAGUGGAAGCGAGCUGAGCCGGUUUAAGCUGUCAUCCGCACGGAAUGUGAUGGCCAGCGAGCAACACCACCACCAUCAGCAGCAGCAACAGCAACAGCAGCAGUCGCUUUCGAACGUGUCCACCAUAACGGACUUCAGCCCGGAGUGGGCCUACCCGGAGGGUGGCAUCAAGGUGCUGGUGACCGGGCCGUGGAGUGCCAGCUCCGCCUAUACAGUAUUAUUCGACUCGUUCCCGGUGCCGACGACGCUCGUGCAGGAUGGGGUGCUGCGGUGCUACUGUCCGGCGCACGAGGUCGGCGUCGUGACGCUGCAGGUCGCCUGUGAUGGCUUUGUGAUAUCCAAUGCGGUCAACUUUGAGUACAAAUCUCCGCCAAAGUUCGAGACGAAGUGCGAGGGCAACGGCAACGAUAUGCUGUACAAGUUCAACCUGCUCAACCGGCUCGAGUCGAUCGACGAGAAGCUGCAGAUCAAGGUGGAACCGGGCGAGUUGCCGGAAGAUACUCUUCUGUUCAAGCAGAACAACUUUGAGGAUCGGCUGGUGAACUACUGCGAGACGCUCACGUCAAAGAUGUGGCGCUCGGUUACGCCCGGCCCGUUCAUCGAUAAGCACCAGGGCAUGACGCUACUGCACCUCGCGGCAGCCCUCGGUUAUGCCAAGCUGGUGCGCACGAUGUUGACCUGGAAGGCGGAAAACUCGAACGUCAUUCUGGAGGCGGAAAUCGACGCACUCAGUCAGGAUAAGGACGGACACACCCCGCUGACUCUUGCUUGUGCCCGAGGUCACACGGAAACGGCCAUCAUGCUGUACAAGUGGAACCAGAACGCGCUGAACGUGCGAACGAACGCACAGAAGAGCCCGGUGGAGGUGGCCCGCGACUACGGCCACGGUGAGCUGGCGCGUGAGCUGGAGCGACACGAGAAGGAGCGGAUAUCGGCCGCCCAGCGAACCCCGACCAGUGCUUCCAUCCCGACGCUGGCCUCCAUUUCGUCGUCCAUUUCGACCACAUCUAGCUCGACGGCCGGUGCGUCAACGCAACAGCAGGCAGCAGCCGGGUCCUCCAAUCACUCUUCCAGCGCGUCAUCGCCCUCGGCUUCUCCUUCCGCCCGGGACGCCUCCGAUCUGCUGAGCAACCUGACCGACGGGAACAGCAACGCAGCGACCGCCGACGGCAAGGGCACGGACAGCAACAACAACCUAAACCACGGCAACAGCAACAGCAAUGGCGCGUCGAUGCUGAGUGACGCGGCCAGCACGAUGCACAACUUCCUGAACCUGAACCAGAUCUUCAGCUACGGCGAAGGCCUGCACGGUACCAACAGUGACAGCUGCAGUAACGACAACUUCGGCCUGGUGGCGGCCUUCAACCCGUCCCUCUCGCCGAACGCCCUGUCGCCGUACAGCGAGAUGAAGGGCUCCUGUUCGUCCGGCAGUGGCUCGCAGCAGCAGUCCGGGCUCCACUACGGGCUCGAGAAUACCAACUCGAACCCGAUGCUCUCGAACGCCCUGUCACCGAACUCCGACAGCAAUCGCAGCCACGACGGGGUGUUCCUGCGUCCCGGUGCCGUUUACUCGAGCCAAAGUCCACCGGGGGCUCGACUCUCCAAGCGCUCGUCGAUCGACAGCGGAAUCAACAUGGACAGCCGUACCUCGUCCGGGGUGAGCCGCACGGGAAAAUCAUUCCGCGAUGCACAACGCACAAAUCGCAUGGACCGCAGCAUGUCGCUUCCACUUGCUUCCGGCGGUGGACAGCUGGCGGGUAGUGGAAAGAACCUCACCGGUACGGCGAACUCCUCCACGGCCGGAGGUGAUCGCGACACGGACAGCUUCUCCCUUUCGCUCGGCACCGAACGCACCACGGAGUCUCCGUCGCAGAUCUCCAGCAACAACUCACUUCUGUCGCCGCUGCGUAAGAUGGACUUUGCGCUGUGUGAGGUUUCGGCCACGGAAACCAGUCCCAUGUGCGAGGAUGCGGACUCGCUGCAAGAGGACGACUGCCACCAUCAGCAUCCCGAUAGCAUGGACAUGGGUCAGGGGGGCAGUGGUAAUGGCGGUGGUGCGGUCGGAGGCGCCGUAGGGGAUUCGGAUGCAAAAGUUCUGACGCUAGCGGAACAAAUUAUUGCCGCCAUGCCAGAGCGAAUAAAGAAUGAAUCAGAAGAAACCAUGUACCUUGGCAGCCCACUGCCCGAAUCGUUGAACGAGGACACGUCGGGGAUGGGCAUUCUCAGUGAUACGUUCAUGGAGCCCUUGCUGGACUCUCUUCCUUCGUCGCAGUUCGAUCAAGAGUUCAAUUUUGAGUUCAGUGAUCACAACUAUCGUUAUCAUGACGUCGGAACGCCCUGUUCAAGUCUUAGUCCCGCAUCUUCCGGUCCGCUGCAAUCACCUGCCAGUUACUCGAUUCCUCAGGAUCAUCCCGUCGGGUCUCCUAGUCCACCUCCAACCACGCAGGACUUUACGGAGUUUUUGCAGUCCUCGAACACUAAUGUCCGACCGUUUGAGGCCGAUUUUUCCAACCUUAAACUAAAUGAUCGUGAGCAGCGCGAGCUGUACGAGGCGGCCAAAUGCAUCCAGAAGGCGUACCGUUCCUACAAGGGUCGCAAAAGUCGCAUGGAGGAGCAGGACAAGGAGCGCACGGCGGCCGUCGUGAUACAGAACUACUACCGGCGCUACAAGCAGUACGCCUACUUCCGGCAGAUGACGCAGGCCGCGCUGGUCAUUCAGAACGGCUACCGGUCGUACUGUGAGAACAAGCGAUUCAAAAAGUCCCAAACCGCCCAGCAGAACCAGCACCCGGUGACGAGCAGCGAGGAGGAGAAGGCAUCGUCACAGUGCAUCGAAACGUACUACCAGAACUUUCGCAACGAGCAGAAGCAGCAACAAUCGCCUCAGCAGCAACAGCAGAACAAUCAGCAGAGUGGUUCCAGCUCGAAGGAGCCAAGUCCAUCGGGUCCCUUGAAACGAACUUAUUCGCAACGAACACAAAAUCAAGCCGCUAGGAAAAUACAGCAGUUUAUGAGACAAUCCAAAAACAAUACGUGGGACGAGCAAAUGACAAACGUGACUGCAGAGAGAACGAGCAGAAAAAGAGAGGCUGGUCCACCUACGCAGGGUGGAGUACCUCCAAAGCUUGCAGUGUCACGAAACGCCCGAGGUACCGCAUACCAGCGAUCCAAAGUGAACUAACGGCACGGCUGG